AUGGAAAAUGCAUUCAACAUCAGCAAAAAUCUGGUUCUCCUGGGACUUGUGGAGAUGAAAGGACUUCAGAACUUAUACUGUGCCCUGUCUAUUAUCAUAUAUGUUUUCAUUCUACUCUUGAGUAUUGUUAUCGUAUUUGUCGUAUUCACAGAUACAAGAUUACAUGAACCCAUGUACAUCCUCAUAUGUAAUCUGAUCCUUAAUGGCAUUUUUGGCAGUUCAUCGUUUUUUCCAAAGCUGAUAGUUGACCUCAUCACCUCAUCCACGACCAUCACUCAUGGUAACUGCGCUGUUCAAGUUCUGUGUGUUACCUUAUUUGCUAUCUAUGAAAUGAGCAGCUUCACUUUAAUGGCGUAUGACCGAUAUUUGGCAGUUUGUCGCCCUCUGCGCUAUUGCCUCUUGGUAACUAAUGAGAGGGUCAUCAAUCUUAUCAUUGGAUCAUUUUUAGUGGCUUUCAUUCUUGUGCUCACAGCUGUGCUCCUCACAUGGAAGCUUCCUCUGUGUGGGAACAGAAUAAACAAUAUAUUUUGUGAGAAUAUGUCCAUGAUUGUCCUCUCCUGUGUGGACUCUUCCAUUAGUCAACUCUACUCCGCUUCCGUGGUCAUCAUCUACUUAUGUGUCACCAUAAUUGUCACCAUAUUCUCCAAUCUGCAGAUAUUAAUAGUCUGCUUGAAAGUCUCAGGAGAAUCCCGCCAGAAAGCAGUCCACACCCUGGUCACCCAUUUACUCAACUUUUCCAUCUUUUUAGUUGGUUUCUUGUUUAUUUUCAUCAGGUACAGGCUGGGCAGGGUUAAGCUCCCGGUUAUUAUUCACGUUCUCCUUUCUGUAACCACUCUCAUUGUUCCACCAUUGUUCAACCCCUUGAUCUAUGGAGUCCGGACACAUGCCCUGAAGAUGAGGGUUGUGCAUUAUUUGCAGAAAAUAUAUGCUUGGCCAAAGUGGACACAUAGGCCUUCUACAUCUAUAUUUGCCGUAAACGACAAUUAA